CGGGGGGGAGCCGGGGGAGGGUCCGCGAGGUGUCGGCCAGCGGAAACUUUCGUGGAAGUUUUUUUUUUUUGCAGAAAUCCAUCGCAGGGAGCCGGGUCAACCGGACCGAGACCUCAUGAAUGGAAAUCGGAACAACAGACGACGCUGAAGCCCCAGCCCUUUUUGCUUUGCCACGGCGACCUGGCCAUGGCACCAUCGGGAAGCCCAUCAAGCUUCUGGCCAACUGCUUCCAGGUGGAUAUCCCCAAAAUCGAUGUCUACCUGUAUGAAGUGGACAUCAAACCGGAUAAAUGUCCCCGGAGAGUCAACAGGGAGGUGGUGGACUCCAUGGUGCAGCAUUUCAAGGUGACUAUCUUUGGUGACCGUCGGCCAGUUUACGAUGGGAAGAGAAGCCUUUACACUGCAAACCCACUUCCUGUCGCCACCAGUGGGGUUGAUCUGGACGUCACCCUGCCUGGUGAGGGGGGGAAGGACCGCCCGUUUAAAGUCUCCAUCAGAUUUGUGUCGCUGGUCAGCUGGCACAUGCUGCACGAGGUCUUGAAUGGAAAUGGCGUGGUGGAACCCCUGGACCUGGACAAACCCAUCAGCACUAAUCCUGUUCAUGCUGUGGAUGUCGUCCUUAGACAUCUUCCCUCCAUGAAGUACACCCCCGUCGGCCGAUCCUUCUUCUCCUCCCCAGAGGGCUACGACCACCCGCUCGGUGGAGGAAGAGAGGUCUGGUUCGGUUUCCAUCAGUCAGUUCGGCCGGCCAUGUGGAAAAUGAUGCUCAACAUCGAUGUGUCAGCCACAGCCUUUUACAAAGCCCAGCCAGUCAUCCAGUUCAUGUGCGAGGUCCUGGACAUUCACAACAUUGAUGAGCAGCCGCGGCCGCUCACUGACUCCCACAGGGUCAAGUUCACCAAAGAAAUCAAAGGUCUUAAAGUGGAAGUGACACACUGUGGAACCAUGCGUAGGAAGUACCGAGUCUGCAAUGUAACACGACGCCCCGCCAGCCUCCAGACGUUUCCGUUGCAGCUUGAGAAUGGUCAGACAGUUGAACGCACGGUGGCGCAGUACUUCAGAGAGAAGUACAGUCUGCAGCUCAAGUAUCCCCACCUGCCUUGCCUGCAGGUGGGCCAGGAGCAGAAACACACCUACCUGCCCCUGGAGGUGUGCAACAUAGUAGCUGGACAGCGCUGCAUCAAGAAACUCACGGAUAACCAGACGUCCACCAUGAUCAAAGCAACAGCUCGCUCUGCACCGGACCGGCAGGAGGAGAUCAGCCGGCUGGUGCGGAGCGCGAAUUACGAGGCCGACCCAUUUGUCCAGGAGUUUCAGUUCCGCGUGCGAGACGAAAUGGCUCAGGUGAUGGGCCGCGUCCUGCCGGCCCCCAUGCUGCAGUAUGGCGGCAGGGUGAGCUCUGAGCCGUUUAUGAACCGCACGGUGGCCACGCCCAGCCACGGCGUGUGGGACAUGAGGGGGAAGCAGUUCCACACCGGAGUGGAGAUCAAGAUGUGGGCCAUCGCCUGCUUCGCCACGCAGAGACAGUGCAGAGAGGAGAUCCUCAAGAGCUUCACUGACCAGCUGCGGAAGAUCUCAAAGGAUGCUGGGAUGCCGAUCCAGGGCCAGCCGUGCUUCUGUAAAUACGCCCAGGGAGCGGACAGCGUGGAGCCCAUGUUCAGACACCUGAAGAACACCUACGCUGGGCUACAGCUCAUUAUUGUUAUCCUGCCCGGGAAAACACCCGUCUAUGCUGAGGUGAAGCGGGUGGGCGACACCCUGCUCGGCAUGGCCACCCAGUGCGUUCAGGUGAAGAACGUGGUGAAGACGUCGCCUCAGACCCUCUCAAACCUCUGCCUCAAGAUCAACGUCAAACUGGGAGGAAUCAACAACAUCCUGGUUCCACACCAGCGGCCCUCCGUGUUCCAGCAGCCUGUCAUCUUCCUCGGGGCUGAUGUCACUCAUCCUCCAGCCGGCGACGGGAAGAAACCAUCGAUUGCAGCGGUGGUCGGCAGUAUGGACGCCCACCCCAGCCGGUACUGCGCCACAGUGCGGGUGCAGCGGCCCAGACAGGAGAUCAUCCAGGACUUGGCCUCUAUGGUGCGAGACCUUUUGAUCCAGUUCUACAAAUCGACGCGCUACAAGCCGACCAGGAUCAUCUUCUACAGGGACGGAGUGUCGGAGGGCCAGUUCAGACAGGUGCUGUACUAUGAGCUGCUGGCCAUCAGGGAGGCUUGCAUCAGCCUGGAGAAAGAAUACCAGCCGGGGAUCACGUACAUCGUCGUGCAGAAACGCCAUCACACACGCCUCUUCUGUGCGGAUCGCAACGAGCGGGUUGGACGAAGUGGAAACAUUCCUGCCGGCACCACGGUGGACACAGACAUCACCCACCCCUAUGAAUUUGACUUUUACCUCUGCAGUCACGCUGGGAUCCAGGGUACGAGUCGGCCGUCUCACUACCACGUUCUGUGGGACGACAACUGCUUCACCGCCGACGAGUUCCAGCUCCUCACCUACCAGCUGUGCCACACCUACGUCCGCUGCACUCGGUCCGUUUCCAUCCCAGCACCGGCCUACUACGCCCACCUGGUGGCGUUCCGUGCCCGCUACCACCUGGUUGACAAAGAGCACGACAGUGCGGAGGGCAGCCACGUCUCAGGGCAGAGUAACGGCCGGGACCCCCAGGCGCUGGCCAAAGCCGUUCAGAUCCACCACGACACAUUGAGUACCAUGUACUUCGCCUGAAGCCCUCCACCUUUCUCAGUCGCUCAGCCAGUCUUAAAGGUCCGACCCCCACACUGGUGAAGCUCAUGUCACCGCGGCGCGACGGUGAUGGCGGCAGCUACUGCAGACUGCAUAAGGAUGAAAGAAGCCAGAGAGGAGUCACAGCCACAUUAUGCAAAUUUUAAAAACCAGCCAAUCGUUUCCCUGUGCUCUCCCGCAUCACCACCCUCUCCUUCGCUUUAUUUAAAUCAUGAUGAAUCGACAGCAGCUCAAACUUUUUAUUUUGCAGGGAUUUUUUUUUUUCUUCCGUGUGUGUGCGUGUGCGUUUAACUGACGGCGGAGUAGGUGGGGAUAUACAAACUGAUGAUUCUUUGGUGAAUGAGUGGGAAUGAAGCCUCAUGUUGAGCCCAAUGUCGCUGGUUUACGGUUUUUACACGUUUUUGUUUGUGUUUUUCUCAGCUUUCUAGACACCGAAUGUGUUGUGUGUCUGUGGAGCAAAGUGCGUGAUCGCCAUAGCAACAUUGGCAGGCUGCCUAUCGCGGUUACCGAUCGGCCUCCCUUUAAGCCAAUGGUUCCCCUCGCGGUCAUCCAGCCUGACGGUGAGAAUCGUAACCAACACAGACACUGAAUGAAAACGUUUUUUUAAAAAAGAAAAGAAAAGCCACGUACAGCUGCGUCUUAAAGGCAUCGUGUAUCGCUUGUUGCCUUAGUGCGAGAUGCAUAAAGUAGACUGUUAGAAAAACUUCUCUACGUCGUAGUUCAGCUUGGUACAGUUUGUUAUACCAAAUGUUUCCCGUGCGUUUUAUUCCUCUUCCUAUUUAUGAGUGUUAUUUCCCCCGUUUUUAGUUUUUAAAUUAACUUUCAUAUUCAGCAAUAGAACAGAGUGGACGACUUAUAUCUUCUGACGACAACAAGCGCUUUUAACCCCCCCCACCACCCCCACCACCCCACAACCUCAACAAACUGAUAAUGUCAAGAGCUCCGUCAGUGCAAUAAGGUGCUAAUGCAGAGAUCAGGCUCAGUGCUGAACGAGUAUUUUGUCGUCAUAAGCGAGUUUUGGCAAGUGACGUUGAACCUUGGCUUCAGGAAUGUAAAGUAUUUGACGUCCUCGUGGGUCAGUCAGAGGUCGGCUGGUGCGUUCGGAGAAGAGUAAUCAAAGUGCCUAACGUGGUUUGAAGAGUAAAGUGUGUGUGUGUGUGUGUGUGUGUGUGUGUGUGUGUGUGUGUGUGUGUGUGUGUGUGUGUGUGUGUGUGUGUGUGUGUGUGUGUGUGGGAUGGAAGGAAGUUAAACGUAUGUUGGUUCGGGCGCCUCUGUGUGAAAAACCCUGCGCUGUCCGGCACGUGGGCCUGGACGACACGGAGGUUACUGAAGUUUCGUUUUCUCGUGAUCGGGAACGAAUUCUUCUGAUUUCAACAUGUUUUUAAACGAGGUUAUACAGCUUUAUUUUGAAAAAAACAAAACAUUUUCAGUGGUUAUAAAGUAUUGCAAACUGUCUUUUCCCUACUAUCACAAGUACAACUCGAUCAUCGCCCACAUCUCUGAUUGAUCCGAACAGAAUGAAUGAAGUUAAGUGAAAUUACAAUUCGGUUAAUCGGGCUCUCAAACUGUCUUUUGUUAUAAUAAUUUAGUUUCCUUAUAAUAACCAAUAAUUAUGUCCAGAUCCAGGAACAGCUUCACAUGUUGAAAUCAUGAGAUACCUUCUCUCUCGAGGAGAAAACAAAACCCAGUCGCGCACACGGAGGAGUUUGUAUUCGCAGGUUCGCCAACACGUCGUCUGCAGACGGCAGAGAGCUGUCGGCUCACGAGCGCCGUCACCGCUGGGACUCGAACCCUUCGUAUUCAGACUCCGCAGCAUCUGUCAGCCAGCUUCGGUCUGAGCGUCACCGUUCACGUCCCAGUGCUCGAGUUUCAACCCCGGUGAACGUUUGUCUUUCUAUAUUUUGGAUGAUAGCGACGUCGUCAUGCAAUAAGGAGCAGUUCAGAGCAGGUGAACUCAUUGUAGACUUUACAGUUCAGCCCUCGCGGUGUAGUUUAAUUCAGAGGAAGCCUUUUUGUUUUCAUCAGUCGGACCAAACCAGUGGUGCCUGGUCCGGGUCAGGGUGUUGGGACUCGGUGUCAAUGCUCUUAUUACAGCCUCGUGCUGAAAGGCUCUGAACCUAAGCUGCUAUAUUUGAUAUUUCAUCAGAUACACAUAGAUUCAAUAUAUUGACGGAGAAGGAAGAAGAGGAUUGGUGGUGUUUUACUGCACUUAAAUAAAUACAAAAAACAGCUGCAUGUGUUUUUAACGGUUGAGUCGAGAUGCUGAGGUUUUUGUUUGAUUUAAUAUUUUCUCUCUUGACUUAAAACAUUUUUAAUUAUAAGGAUACCGGAGCUGAUCGUUUUUAGUUUUUUUUGUUUGUUUGUCGUCAUGUUGAAGCAGUUUCUCGUUGUCGGACAUUACCAGCAUUUUUACUUGAAUAGUUUUAGUAGUCGUGGGCAUGUUUAACAUUGUUGUCUAGUGCUCUGCUUGUUUUUAAAAGUUUAUAUUUAUAAGUAUAUCAAGAGCCUUAUAACAGAAAUCCCCUCUUUCCUGCCUUGAUGCCACCUGCAGUCAUUUGACCUCGAGAGGCCGAAGGACAGAUUCCCUCAAAAAAUAUAAACCUUUUUAAAACUGAAUGGAGAAAUAUUUAUAUUUAAAGAUACCAAUGUAAUGCACAUACCACUUGUCCUAUAUAAAGCAGAGGCCUGAUAGCUGUAUUGAAAUAUGAUAUUUAAUUGUCAUUUUUUCCAAAUUGGAUAAUGCAAUAGCUGUGUUUUCUGCUUAGUGGAGUCUGUCGGAGGUUUGUUGUGUCACGUCAGACGAACCGUCAGCCCUCCUCUGCCGACGCGAGCGGCGAAGACGUCCCUCCACUCGAUUCAUCAUCUCAAAACGCUCACUUUUAUUCUGAGAAGCUCUUUCAAUUUUUAACAUAUAUCCUGCGUAUUAAUAAAAAGAGAGGAGGAGGAGGGUUGAACGUUCAUCGCUGGACUGAUUUGUCAGACUGUGCCUUUCCUGAUGGUGCUGAAAAAAGAAAAAAAAACGUAAAUCAAAGAAAUCCUCACAUUCAGAAAGUCGACAAUAAUAAGUAUAUAUUGAUACAUGACAAUACUGUAAGGUGUGGUUGUGUGUGUGUAUGUAUUUGUGUGCGUGUGUGUUUGUGUGAGACUUAUGCCAAGAACACAAAUUAUGCAGAACUGAUCGGUUUUGGAGCUGCCAGGACCAAAAGGCCUGCGGGGAUCAGUUUCUCAUGGACGGGCACUUUCCAAGCACAACCCAAAUCUAACAUUUAGGAGUAGCUCAGUGUUAUGUAGCAUUAUUUAUUUAGCCUUUUAUUUCUAUUGGGACGGGACUUGACCCCUUUUCUCACUGCCUGGAAACACGGAUGUGACUCAAACCAACAUCUCUGUUAAAAAAACCUUCGUGAUUUUCCUUCUUAUUCGAAUGUGAAAUUUAGACGUUUACAGAAUUGGGACGCUUCUUUGUUUCUUUGAGUCCUCGAGUGCCCGUCUAAUGGUUUUCCCCACAAAAAUUAAUAUUUAAAACGCCUCUGUGCUUGGCUGCAUAUCAUCAUACUCUAAAAUUAUGUUUGGGUGUCACAAUGUAUUAAUGUGAUUCUUUUCUCUUUUUUUUUUUCUGUGCCCGAUUAUGAGAUUUGUGUCACUUUUAGAAGUAAACGUCUUUUUUUUUGUCUUAACACUCAUCUGAUCCUGGUCCUACAAGUUGAGCCUUUUUCAUUUUGUUGUCGUAUUUAAUUUUUUUUGGAAUAAAUACUCUAUGUAAUGUU